AGGCGGCACCGGGCCCGACUACUUCCUGUAAGGGAGGCUCAGUCAGCUGUCACACUCCGAGGAGCGACACGGAGGGAGCACACGGGCGGAGAGAAGCGCACCAGCACAGCGAAAAUGUCGAGUUUUAACAACAAGUUCAGCGCCUACUCGAUGACGGAGCUCAACGAGAUCCUGGAGGACGACGAGAAACUCUCAACAAUGGUCCAGGAGCUGGAUGAGAUGCAGGAAGUCCAACAGAGUAAGGAGACCACGCUGGUCAGCAACCGGACCCUGGCGGAGCAGAACCUGGCCCUGCAGCCCAGACUGGACCACAAGAAGGACGAGCUCACCAAGCGCUACAACGGUCUCCAGGAGAGCUUCGAGUCCUACCAGCUCCGGAAGUCCACCCUAGACCACAUGUCAGGAAACACCUCCCUGGACAUCUUGCUGGCCCUGCUGCAGGCGGAGGGAGCCAAAAUAGAGGAGGAGACGGAGAACAUGGCCGACUCCUUCCUGGACGGCGACGUGACCCUGGAUUCCUUCAUCGACAGCUACCAGAGCAACAGAAAGCUGGCCCACUUGAGACGGGUAAAGAUCGAGAAGCUGCAGGAGAUGGUGCUCAACGGUCACCGGCUCCCUCAGGCGUCCGUCCCCAACUCUCGAUCCCAGGAUGUGUCGGCAGCGGCCAGGCCCUCCUCCCUCUUCACCGAGGCCGGCAGCGGCUCCUCCCCUGUCGCCCAGCCCCGGAGGAAACCUCCGGGCCCUCCGUCCCAGCCGGCCCCGGUUCUAAAUUUGGGUCCGACCGCCCCACAGCCUUCUCCAGCCUUCUUCUCGGCAUCGCCGUACCCGCCGAUUCCUCCCAGGACGGGCCAACCCUUCCCCAACGUCCCCUCUGGCUACCCAAACCACUUCCUCUCUCAGUACCCACCGGCUGUGCCUCAGCGGCCCCCGCCCCGUAUGGCCCCGCAGCCCGGCUUCAUCAUGCAGUAGAUGAAUGCAGGCAGCUGCUGCUCCAAGAGGGGUGCGUGUCGGUGACUUUACACUACUGGAACUCAUCCGAGAACGAUUUAUCAUUUUUCUUCCUACGACGUCUGCCUCUCUUGGAAUACGACCAAUCACAAUGCAAGAGGGCAGUCCCGCAUUGGCCGGUCUGGUCACAUUCUGCUCAAUCUCUGAUAAUCCAUGUGGAUCCGCUCUCACCUCUCGCUCCCGUUAAUGCUCCCAACAAACGACAACAGCAACAAAGAGAGGAGAUGGGUCCUCGCUUUCUCUGGCUGUCGACCGAGCUGGCACUCGUCAUGUAUCGGAACCUUCUCCGUCUCCUGCCGGUGCCCACCGAUUGGUCGCCUUCAGAAGUGGUUCUCCAAGCUUUUACGGAACGUUAUUCAUUAAAAAAAAGGGGGUUUGAUUAGUCAUUUCCACCCACGGCAUACUAACUUAAUGGUCAUGUAUAUGCAAGCAAAAAGAGACCCUAAUUACUGUGCAGUAAUGCCCCAAUACAUUCAGGCGAAAACUGCAUCUACGCUGUGACUUUAAUUUUUUUUGAGAAGUCUUACAAAUAAAUUUGAGUAACUUUGGCGUCAGAGAGAGAGAGAGAGAGAGAGAGAGAGAGUCCGGCCCUGCACGGUCCCAAGAUGGCUGACUGUGGUGCUCGGUCCGUCUCGGUGACAGAGUUCGGAAAAGAAAACGAGUUGAAAGCGAGGGAUUAGGAACAAAUGACUCGGCCCCGUAGCCUGGAAUGAAGGAUUUGUCUUUGUAUAGCCAUACAGUACACAUCGGAAGUUUGUUGUUUUUCUGUGGGUUCCCGUUGUGAUGCAACACUCCAAUUAUUAUUUUUUUAACGAACCUUUGUCUUAAAUCCUCCUGGAUUGGGAUCAGAGAUUGCAGCAACUGUUGAGGCCCCCCAAACCCCCAACCCCUGUUCGGGUUUUCUUUUCCGUCUCUCAAAUACUCCCACUCCGUGUUCAUGCACCAUCGCUCCCCAACAUGUCCGUUGUGUGACGUCGAGCUCAAACACUCCUUUUGUAAACGUGCAAGGGGGAUUUUUCUUCCGUGGGAACUUUGCGAGGUCAACCUGGCUUUGGGAGGAACCAUUUAGUUUUUCUCCUCCCAGCCGCUGUUGCUGUGCACUGUUGAAGAGCCACGAGUGCCUACACUUGAAGUUACGUUGAUGGCGUCCAGCUGACUAAAAACCCAGCCGUGUUUCUCCAUGUUCAGCUGUUGAGGAUCGAACCACCCUCCCUCUCCCCCAGCAAGCUGAGCCUGUUGGUCCUCUCCUUCUCCUGCUGCUGAUUUUAUGUUCUGCCAGAUGGUAGGAAAAGGCGGCAUCUGACUGUCGGGCUUUGCUUCCCCAAAUAGAAGCAGAAUCGCCUGGACAGAGCGACACAGUAAACGCCAGAGAGACGGGGCCCCUCCCUGCAUGUAUUGUUGUAGCUGUUAUUGUUUUUCAGUUUUUUCUUAAUUGGUGAAAUAACCCGUCACAUCUGGGUGGUGACGCCCCACCUCGAGGCCGAGAAGUGGUCCGCAGGGCGAGUGAAGCCCACCUGUCAGCAGGCAGAACUACAGAAAUGGCUGAAGCUAAAACAUCAAAAUCACGAUGAACCAGCAUUUCUGAAAAAAAAAGAAAAAAAACUAACUAUGAUAAUUAUUUUGUGCAUGACCUUUGCUCUUUUUGUCCAGUCUGAUUCCUCUUUUAAUACUUUGUUUGUUGAGCUGCUCUCUACGUUCCAACUGAUCCUCGCUCCAUGCUUUUAUAUGUGGUUGGUGAUAUUUUCUGUGUAAUGUUGUAGGUAUUUACUUAUAAUUAAUGUUUCAGUGGAAUUUAAUGCUAUUUUCAAAUUCAAUAAAUCUCAGAUUUUUGUA